GUCGCCCUCUGUCUCACUGUUUUGUUGGCUUCCUCACCAAAAGACAAACAAAUACUCCACUCAGGAACACUGCUUCUUCAGCAAAACGAAAACUGGCCUACAUUCAAAAUCCACCUCCAUUUCCUCACCCUCCCUCCUAAAACCCUAAUUUCCCAAACCACAAACUCUCUUUCUCUCUCUGAGCUCUGAGGUCUGAGUCUCUCUUGUGUUAGUUUAUAUUACAGGGAGAAAAUGGACCAUUGCCUCAGUCACAGUGAAUCAGCUCUCUCUCCCAAGCUCUCAAUUUUCGCCAACUCCAAGCCGUAUUUGUCGAAACCAAACCACUUUAGCUUCUUCCUCUACUCUAAGAAGCUCGGAGCCAGAACCGCCGCGCCCUCUCUCCACCUCCGAUCAUGGCCCUCAAAGCUCGCCACUUUCACCAAGAACCCGAGCCGCCGAGUCAACUCCGUCCGGAGCGAGUCCUCCCACGCCGGAGCUGCGGCGAACGGAGAGCCGCCGAAACUGGGGAAGAGAACGGACAUAAAGAAGAUCCUGAUACUCGGAGCUGGGCCGAUUGUGAUAGGGCAAGCCUGCGAGUUCGAUUACUCGGGCACUCAGGCCUGCAAGGCUCUCAAGGAGGACGGAUACGAGGUCGUUUUGAUCAACUCGAACCCGGCCACCAUCAUGACCGACCCGGACUUGGCUGACAGGACUUACAUUACGCCGAUGACGCCCGAGCUGGUCGAGCAAAUCCUCGAGAAGGAGCGGCCCGACGCUCUGUUGCCCACCAUGGGUGGCCAGACAGCGUUGAACCUUGCCGUGGCAUUGGCCGAGAGCGGCGCUCUAGCCAAAUACGGCGUCGAAUUGAUUGGAGCGAAGCUGGAUGCAAUAAAAAAAGCAGAGGACAGAGACUUGUUCAAGCAGGCCAUGAAGAACAUCGGAGUCAAGACACCGCCGUCUGGGAUUGCGACGACGCUUGAUGAAUGUAUCAAAAUUGCUCAUGAAAUCGGAGAGUUUCCGUUGAUUAUUCGGCCUGCUUUUACUUUGGGCGGGACUGGAGGGGGCAUUGCUUAUAACAAAGAUGAGUUUGAGGACAUUUGCAAGGCCGGGAUAGCGGCAAGUGUGACGUCUCAAGUUUUGGUGGAGAAAUCGUUGUUGGGUUGGAAGGAGUAUGAGCUUGAGGUGAUGAGAGACUUGGCUGACAAUGUGGUGAUUAUAUGUUCCAUUGAGAAUAUUGACCCAAUGGGGGUUCAUACUGGGGACUCAAUCACUGUGGCUCCUGCUCAGACUUUGACUGAUAAGGAGUAUCAGCGGCUGAGGGAUUAUUCCAUUGCUAUCAUAAGGGAGAUUGGAGUGGAAUGUGGUGGUUCUAAUGUGCAGUUUGCGGUUAAUCCUGUAGAUGGUGAGGUUAUGGUGAUUGAGAUGAACCCAAGGGUGUCACGGUCCUCGGCUCUUGCUUCCAAAGCUACUGGUUUUCCAAUUGCGAAAAUGGCUGCCAAGUUGUCAGUUGGGUAUUCCUUGGAUCAGAUACCUAAUGACAUUACAAAGAAGACACCAGCUAGUUUUGAGCCUUCCAUAGAUUAUGUGGUAACCAAGAUUCCCCGGUUUGCAUUUGAAAAAUUUCCUGGUUCACAGCCCAUAUUGACUACCCAAAUGAAAUCUGUUGGUGAGUCAAUGGCACUGGGUCGCACAUUUCAAGAGUCCUUUCAGAAAGCAGUUCGAUCUUUGGAAUGUGGGUUCUCUGGAUGGGGCUGUGCGAAAAUUAAGGAACUUGACUGGGAUUGGGAACAGUUGAAGUAUAGCCUCCGAGUUCCUAACCCAGACCGCAUCCAUGCCAUAUAUGCUGCAAUGAAGAAGGGGAUGAAGGUAGAUGAUAUUCAUGAGUUGAGUUACAUUGACAAAUGGUUCCUGACACAGCUUAAGGAGCUUGUAGAUGUGGAGCAAUUUCUCCUGGCUAGAAACUUGUCUGAUCUAACAAAGGAUGAGUUAUACGAAGUGAAAAAAAGAGGUUUCAGUGACAAACAGAUAGCUUUUGCCACUAAAGCCACUGAAAAGGACGUCCGGUUGAAGAGGCUAUCUUUAGGUGUUGCUCCGGCAUAUAAGCGGGUGGAUACAUGUGCUGCGGAGUUUGAGGCCAAUACUCCUUAUAUGUACUCUUCCUAUGACUUUGAGUGUGAAGCAGCUCCCACCCAGAGGAAGAAGGUUUUGAUUUUAGGUGGAGGACCAAAUCGAAUCGGUCAGGGGAUAGAGUUUGACUACUGUUGUUGCCAUACGUCCUUUGCCCUUCAGAAAGCAGGAUAUGAGACCAUUAUGAUGAAUUCAAAUCCUGAAACAGUAUCCACAGAUUAUGACACGAGUGACCGUCUAUAUUUUGAGCCACUGACUGUUGAAGAUGUGCUGAACAUAAUUGAUUUGGAAAAACCUGAUGGCAUCAUUGUGCAGUUUGGAGGUCAAACACCAUUGAAGUUGUCUCUUCCUAUCCAGCAGUAUCUAGAUGAGAACAAGCCUAAAUGUGCAAGUGGGUCUGGAUAUGUACGCAUUUGGGGUACUUCACCUGCUAACAUAGAUGCUGCUGAGGACAGGGAGAAGUUCAAUACAAUCCUUAACGAGUUAAAGAUUGAACAACCAAAAGGAGGAAUUGCCAAGAGCGAAGCUGAUGCUAUUGCCAUUGCAAAGGACAUUGGGUACCCAGUUGUUGUCCGGCCUUCCUACGUAUUGGGUGGCCGAGCCAUGGAAAUUGUAUAUAGUGAUGACAAACUUGCGACCUACCUCGAAAAUGCUGUUGAGGUGGACCCGGAACGCCCUGUAUUGAUUGACAAGUAUCUAUCCGAUGCAAUUGAGAUUGAUGUUGAUGCACUUGCCGACUCUCAGGGUAACGUUGUCAUUGGUGGAAUAAUGGAGCACAUUGAGCAGGCUGGGGUCCAUUCUGGUGACUCUGCUUGCUCAAUUCCAACAAAAACCAUCCCUGCUUCUUGCUUGGAGACAAUUAGGUCAUGGACUAUAAAAUUGGCUAGGAGGCUGAAUGUGUGUGGGCUGAUGAACUGUCAGUAUGCAAUUACAUUGUCUGGAGAUGUUUUCUUACUUGAAGCAAACCCUCGUGCUUCCCGUACCGUCCCAUUUGUGUCCAAGGCGAUUGGACAUCCAUUGGCUAAAUAUGCUUCCCUUGUCAUGUCUGGGAAGUCUCUUCAUGAUAUAAGUUUCACAAAAGAGGUAAUUCCUGCACAUGUGUCAGUAAAAGAAGCUGUUCUCCCAUUUGAGAAAUUCCAAGGCUGUGAUGUGUUGCUGGGGCCUGAGAUGCGUAGCACUGGUGAGGUGAUGGGUAUUGAUUAUGAGUUUCCCAUUGCAUUUGCCAAGGCUCAGAUUGCUGCGGGGCAGAAGCUACCACUUUCUGGCACUGUCUUCCUCAGCUUAAAUGAUUUGACCAAACCUCAUCUUGAAAAGAUUGCGACAGCCUUUUUAGGGCUUGGAUUUAAGAUUGUUUCAACUUCUGGGACAGCUCAUAUUCUUGAGUUAGCAAAAAUUCCAGUGGAACGAGUGCUGAAGCUGCAUGAAGGGCGGCCUCAUGCUGCUGAUAUGGUUGCUAAUGGGCAAAUCCAGUUAAUGGUGAUCACAAGUUCAGGUGAUGCACUUGAUCAGAUUGAUGGACGGCAACUAAGGAGGUUGGGCCUUGCUUACAAAAUUCCAGUAAUAACAACAAUUGCCGGAGCUUUAGCAACUGCCGAAGCAAUAAGGAGUCUAAAGUCCAGCACUGUUAAGAUGAUUGCACUUCAGGACUUCUUUGAUGAUGAGAGCAAAGCUGGGAGUGAUAAAAAGUUGCAGUCAGUCUCCUCCUCUCUGUGAGCUGACCUGGACUUUCUGGUAAGCCGUUGGGGUUCCUCUGCGUUAUUUGUUUUGUUUCUAAUAUAUGUAUCAUCUAAUGUUUUUGGGACAGGUUUCUGUUAAGUUACUAGCUUUUACCAAAAUUUUGCCAAUCCAAUUUCUCUCCUCUCCUUUUUGUUGAAGCUAUAAUUUCAAAUUUUGGAUAGCUAUAUGUAGAAAAAUUUAGGCAUUGGUGUGUGUAACAUAGGUUAGUUCGAUGGUGAUACAAUUAUGGCGAUCUGUGCUGUAUGUUCUCUUGCAUAGA